AUGGGUGCUGGUGAUAAAGAGAAGAAGUUGAUUCCUAAGCCUGCAAUCUUCUUUAAAAGAUAUGCUCGUGAAAUUAGAUUUGCAGUUGCUGGUCUUGUUAUAGUUUUGACUUUAUUGUUUAUAACUAAUGACUAUAUCGAUUUUUCUAUUAACGAUGCCUUGGAUGGUGAUAGUGAUUCUGUAAACACCGAAAGGGCAGUAAACAAGAAAGAAAGUCAAUUUGGAGGUGAUUUAGCUUCUCCAUAUAGCGAUUUUCAACCUUCAGAUGCUUCCAUUUCCAAAAGAUCUGAUGACUACGUGAUGCCUUUCACUGAUAUUUCUCAAAAAGUUGUCCAUCCUGAAGAUGAUGGUGUUAGAGAGAAGGCAACUAUGGUUACUUUGGUGAGAAACACUGACUUGUGGGAAUUGGUUAAAUCUAUUAGACAUGUUGAAGAUCGUUUCAAUAAUAGAUAUCAUUAUGAUUGGGUUUUCCUGAAUGAUGUCGAAUUUACUGAAGAAUUUAAAAGAGUUACCUCUGCUUUAACAUCAGGUAAUACUAAGUAUGGUUUAAUUCCUAGUGAUCAAUGGUCUGUACCAUCAUGGAUAGAUCGUGAUAAAAUGAGAGAAGGUAUGAAAUUUUUAGUUAAAGAAGAAGUCCUGUACGCUGACUCUAUCCCAUACAGACAUAUGUGUCGUUAUCACUCUGGUUUCUUCUGGCGUCAUCCAUUAUUAGAUGAAUACGAUUACUUCUGGAGAGUUGAUCACGAUAUUACAUUAUAUUGUGAUAUUCAAUACGAUAUUUUCAAAUUCUUAAGAGUGAACAAUAAAAAGAUCGGUUUCAUAUUAUCUGUCACUGACUAUGAACAGACUAUUCCUACCCUAUGGUCUACCGUAUUAUCUUUCUUCAGUGAAUUCCCAGAACAUUUAAAUAAAAACAAUUUGAUGAACUUUAUAUCGGAUGAUGGUGGUACUACAUACAACAGAUGUCAUUUCUGGUCUAAUUUUGAAAUUGGUUCUUUAGAAUUCUUCAGAUCUAAAGCAUAUAGAGAUUAUUUCGAUUAUCUAGAUAAAGCUGGUGGUUUCUUCUAUGAAAGAUGGGGUGAUGCUCCUGUACACUCUGUUGCUGCUGCUACCAUCUUGGAUCGUUCUGAGAUUCAUUUCUUCGACGGUUUGGGUUUCCACCAUCCAAACUAUUUCUCCUGUCCUGUUGAAGAAAAAAUUAGAUUACAAAAUAAAUGUAUCUGUGAUCCAUCUGUCGACGAUACAUGGCGUGAACACUAUUUCUGUACAAAGAAAUAUUUCAAGGCUGCUAACUUAAUGAUCCCAGUUGGAGCCCAAUCAAAGACCUGGUAA